AUGCCCAAUCAACAUAAACCACUCCCACCUGAGACCCCCGAGUUGCGGACGUUGAUCGAGUAUUAUUGGAGAAUGAAGCACAACGACAGGUAUAUUCUGGAGCAACUAAAGAAACAUCAUAUUGAUCUCUCCCGGUACGGACUUGAAAUCAAAGCCUUUCGGAAACUCCGAGAGCGAAUGGGUUUCUUUCGGGUUCGCAAGCAGGGUCACACUGUCGAUUCAAUUAUGGGCCCUAUUGCGAGAAUCCGUAUUGUGUAUCCUCGUGCCGGUGCCCGUGACAUGGUGAACUUGCUCUUUCAUGAAGAGGACAUUCUGGUUCCACGGAGUGUUGUGAUCGAAUACUUUCUCAUUCCCUUAGUAAGCCAGAGCGAUCCUGGCUCUGAGAACGUCGGAAUCGCAAAUGGACACACAACGCUUCGCCAUCUCCAUGAUCCUGACCUUGCUGGAACGUCCCAGCACCGUUACAUGCGUGAGAAGAAAAAUGUCAUGCCCGAGAUCACUUGGAGCAUGAUGCGUCGCCGAUUUACGCCCGGGUUCGAAGAUAUCCUCGAUACAGGUGUGGACAACGGAUGGUAUGACCCAGGGAUCGUUCUCGAAUCUCUUAUAUUUCGUUGGGUUUUCAUCCCCUGGCUUCAAGCCGAGCUUGAAGCGUACCAAAAACGCGUGAAUAUGACUGCCAAGCAUCGUGAUCGCAACAAAAUCCUGCCUCAUGGUGUUCCGCAGCACAUGUUGGAAUUCCCAGAGGAGUACGCGAUUUUGGACUUCAAGGUGAAAGUCAAUCAAGCUCACAUUGACACCGUACAAGAGCAGUACGCCCCACCAGCUCACGACAUCUUCCACCUUGUGCCGCCGGAUUUUGCUGAGUACAUCAGCAGGUUCUAUGCCGACCUUGGAAGCCCCCCAGUGACCCGACAAACAUGCUGGGACGUCUAUAGGCAACUCCUGCGAUGCUUUGAGGAGCUAGAUCAGCUCCCGGGCACCGCGGGUCCCAGUGUGGACCAGAUCUGGGGUUUUGCUCUUACGCAAGCUGCGGAUCAAUAUUGUGACAAGAUUCAACCCAUUGCCGGCCUGCGUCCACUUCGAGGAGGUGAAGACGUGAUCGGACAGGAUGGUGCAUACUACAUGGGUUGUCAUAGUUCGGCCACUUUUUCAUCUUAUCAUCGACGAUCCUAUCUUAUCUUGGCACGACUUAUCUUAUCACGGAUCACGGCAUCAGACGCACACGAUUCCACCAUUUCGUACCGAUUCCCAUCGUCGUCUGGGAGUCCGUCCCCUCCCCCCAUCGUACCAUCGUCGCCCGAUCUGGCGCAUCAAAACCAACCCGGGCCCUCCAACCCCUACCUUGCCCUGCCACCGUCUGAAGACGAGAUCCCCGACCUCGACGAACUGCCCUCCAAACAACCACCCUCGCCCCCACCUCACACGCCUGCUCCUACCAUGUCAGGGCAUCACCGCAUCACCCUCGCCGCCAACCCCCCCUACUUCGAUGGCGACAAGUCCAAAUACCUGGGCUUUGUGGACGCGUGCACCACUUACAUCGGUGCCUAUCGAUCGGAGUUCUCGCAGGAUGAGACCAAAAUCCUCUUCGUCCUCUCCUACCUCCGUAACGAGAAUGGCACGAGCUGCGCUGCCUCAAGAUGGGCGAUGAACUGGAAGCAGCACAACUUCGAUGGCUUCCAGGGACUGAAGGCAGGAGUCACAUCAAAGAACUUCCUGGAGGAGCUUCAGAGGGCGUUCGGGGACUCCAACGCAGAACAAGUCGCCGCUGCUCGGCUUAUGGCCCUGCGCCAAAACAAACGGUCCUUUGCGGACUACAUCUCCGACUUUGAGAUGUUGGCCGCGGAUGCAGGCUACAAUGUGGUCGACACCACCGACGACAAAGGCGAAUACAAGAAGGGGGACCAGGAUAAUAUCCUCAUCGAGUUCCUGGAGCGCGGACUCAGCAGCGAGAUCGCCAGUCGUCUCUACAACACCGCUGUCCCUCUGCCCAAGGCCUAUGGAGCGUUCAAAGCCUGGUGCAUCAACAUCGAAGCCAACGCUCUGCGUGACCAGCUGUGCAAAGCGUCGUAUGGGCACCCCACACAACGACCACCUCCCCAGUUCCGUCCCCAAGCGGCACCAGUGGCGCCCACACCCGCUCCGGCCCGACCCGCUGCCAACGAACCGGUUCCGAUGGAAAUCGAUCGUACCCACGCCCGCGGCCGCAAUAUCAUCUGCUACAACUGCCAGCAGCCUGGGCACAUUGCGCGGAACUGUCCGGAACCAAGGAAGAAGCGCACCUUCUUCAAUCGGGCCACGAUGCUUGAAGAGAUCGAGAACGGGGACAAGGACAACGAGUUCCUCAAGGAGAUCGCCGAGAAGCUGCGCGAGAAGGGUUUUUGA